AUGAGUCUGAGGAACAAGCGCAUCAGUUCCAGCAGUUCCGUGCGGAGCAGCGGAAAACUUGGGGGCUUUGGCUACAGUGGGGGCUUCAGUGGGAUGUCUCUGGGAGCCUCGUCGCCCGGCUUCAGCACCAGCAGCACCUACCUGGGCGCUCCCAUAGGCAGUGUAUCGGUCAACAAGAGCUUACUAGCCCCCCUCAACCUGGAGAUCGACCCCAACAUCCAGAUGGUGCGCACCCAGGAGAAGGAGCAGAUGAAGUCCUUGAACAACCGCUUUGCCUCCUUUAUUGACAAGGUGAGGUUCCUGGAGCAGCAGAACAAGAUGCUGGAGACUAAGUUUGACCUGCUGCACAGCCAGAGCCCAGGCAGGUCUAACAUCGAGCCCAUGUUUGAGGCCUAUAUGGCUAACCUGCGCAGACAGCUUGACGUGGUCAACAAUGACAAAAUCAAGCUGGAUGGCGAGUUGAGGAACAUGCAGGGGCUGGUGGAGGACUUCAAGCACAAAUAUGAGGAUGAGAUCAACAAGAGGAACAACCUAGAGAACGACUUUGUGAUUCUGAAAAAGGAUGUGGACUCUGCAUACCUGGUGAAGGCUGACCUGGAGGACAAAGUUGGAGCUUUGACUGAUGAGAUCAAUUUCCUCAGGAGCAUUUAUGAUGAGGAGCUGCGUGAGAUGCAGGCCAGUAUCAAGGACACCUCGGUCAUCGUCCAAAUGGACAACUCUCGCAACCUUAACAUGGACCAGAUCGUGGCUGAAGUUAAGGCCCAGUAUGAGGACAUUGCAGCCAAGAGCCGUGAGGAGGCCGAGUCUUGGUACAAGUCUAAGUUUGACCAGAUGGCCAGCCAGGCCUCACAGUAUGGAGAUGAGCUGAGGAACUCCAAGGGAGAGAUUGCAGAGCUCAACCGCAUGAUCAGCCGCCUGCAGAGUGAGAUUGAGGCUGUCAAGGCUCAGCGCGCUAACCUAGAGAACCAGAUUGCAGAAGCAGAGGGCCGUGGAGAGCUGGCUGUGAAGGAGGCUAAAGCUCGGAUCCGGGACCUGGAGGAGGCCCUGCAGAGAGCCAAGCAGGACAUGGCCCGCCAGCUCCGCGAGUACCAGGAGCUCAUGAAUGUCAAACUGGCACUGGACAUUGAGAUCGCCACCUACAGGAAGCUGCUGGAAGGCGAGGAGGACAGACUUGGACAGCAGGCCAUUAUCAACAUCCAAUCAAUGCCCAAUUACAACUCCAAAGGAAUGAACGGCUACCAGCAGAUGAGUUCUCCAUCCCCCAAAAUACUCAUUAAAACCACUGAGACCAGAGACAACACCAGAUUCAGCACACACUGAAGCAUCCCAACCUGAAAUACACAAACGGCUUGUUUU